AUGGAAGACCAACAAGACAGCGUCAUGAGCCAAGGCCUCUUCAUCGGCCUCUUGGAAAUGAUAUUCCCCGGCAUGACAUAUCUCCCCUACUUCGCCGCCUUCGCUUUCUUAAUCAAGUACGCUCUUGAAUCUUGGUCUGAAUCCAUCACCGCGCGCUUCAUCUCCACGGUCGAAAUUCACGCCCAAGAUGAGACGUACAACUAUCUUAUGAACUGGGUCUCGCGAAACAACAUCUCUCAGGAUAAUUAUCGCCUCCAAGCUUCCGCUGCUUUGAACAACUCCUCAUUCACCUGGUCAGAAGAGCAGGAUGAUAAACUUGAUGUUGAUGACAACGAGGAUGAUGAUCCUGUGAGCAGGCAGAUCAACGAGAUGCGAUCCAAAUCCUCGACGUCACUGAAUAAUGCUAAGCCUCUGUACUGGACGCCUGCUUUUGGAACACAUUUCUUUAGAUAUGAAGGCCGCAUGUUAGCGUUUACCAGAUCGCUUGAGGGUACAAACUAUACGUCUACGCCGCGGCAGCCUGAGAAACUGGCCAUAUCCUGCCUUGGCCGCGACGCAACGGUCCUGAAACGACUGCUGUACAACGCUCGCAUCGACUUUUCUGAGAAGCAGAAAGGAAAGACUGGUAUCUUCCGCGCGACCAAGCUCUAUAGUGAAGAUGAGAUGUCUUGGACUCGAUGUAUGUCCAAAGCAACAAGACCUAUGUCUACCAUCGCCCUGGAUGAACAUCUUAAGGAAAAGCUUAUCAAAGACCUACGCCGAUAUCUAGACCGUCAGACCAAACACUGGUAUGCAACAAGGGGCAUCCCAUAUCGUCGUGGUUAUCUCUUCUCAGGUCCUCCCGGCACCGGAAAAACGAGUCUAACCCUCGCGGCAGCAGGUCUCAUGGGUCUUGAUAUCUACAUGGUCAACCUAAACUCCCCAAGAAUAAACGAGGAUAGUCUUGCAUCUUUGUUUCAGAAGCUUCCGUACGCCUGUAUGGUCUUACUCGAGGACAUUGACGCUACAGGAUUGGCGCAGAGACGUGGUGCAGAUACGGCAACGAUGGGGUAUCAAGGACGAAAGAAGAAGAAUGCAGAGCGCCUCUCACUUUCAGGUCUGUUAAACAUAAUCGACGGUGCAGCUGCUCAAGAAGGCCGGGUUCUCGUCAUGACUUCAAAUCACACCGAGAACAUUGACCCAGCUCUUAUUCGACCUGGCAGAAUCGACUUUACGAUUAACUUCCAGCUCGCUACAUCAGAAGCAGCCGAAGCGCUCUUCACCCAAAUGUUCGACGCUCCAGAUGUUGAUCAAAGUUUAGAGAAGAAGGCCGUAACGUCUCUGCGGGACCAGGCGAAGGAGUUUAGGGAUAGGAUUCCAAAUCUUGCUCUUAGUCCUGCAGCUAUUCAAGGAUUCUUGCUCACACACCAGGAAGAUCCUGAUGGUGCUCUUGCUGCUGUUGGUGAGUGGGUGCGAGAUGCUCUGAGGCAGAAAGACUUUGUGGUUGAAGAGGUUCCUGAGUCCGAGAAGGAAGACACAGACUCUGAAGAGGAUGGGGAUAGUGAUGGGGGCUAUGACCCUUCGUAUAGGAAAUGA